AUGGAACCCAAUAGGGAACUGAUUAUGGAAGAAAUAACUCCAGUAGGGGAAAGUAAAAAGGCCGAAAAGCUUGGAGCAUGCAGAGAUACUGAGUGCAAUAAUGUAGCUGCCCCUACAAUCAACUCGAAGAAGACACAAAUAUUAGGAAACACAUCAAGAACUCCGAGAGAUGAGUUGAUCACUAAACAUACCAAAGCUCAAACUUGUACAGGAGGAACAAGUGCCCAUGCAGAGCAGCAAACUAUGUCAAGGAGAGUUCAGGUUUUAGUUGGCACCCCUGAUUGCAUUCUUGACGUGCUGCAAAGGCAUGCAUUGUCUCCAGACCACAUUAGAAUGCUUUUUUUGGAUGAAGCAGAUGAACUACUCACAGGAGGUUCCAAGGAUCAGAUCUAUAAUAUUAUCCUGCAUCUCCCAAAGAAAAUUCAGGUUGGGCUCUUCUCUGCUACCUAUUCCAAUGAAACUAUACGGACUAGCUACAGAUUCAUGGAUAAGCAUGUGGCAGUCAUUGUCCCAAGAGAUGAAGAACUAAAGAAUGUCAAGCAGUACUAUCUGACAGUUGAGAAUGAAGAACUGAAGCUAGGAAAACUGUAUGAUCUUUGCCAGAUCACAGGGGUGGAACAACGACUUAUCAUCUAUGUGAACACAAAGGAUAAGGCCGUGUCCCUCGCAAAAGAUGUUGGCAAGCAUUACACUGUCUCGGCAAGCCAUGAUGGCAUGGAUCAGCGUGCCAGGGCCACAGCCAUCCAGAAGUUGAAGUCUGGGUCAUCCAGUUUUCUCAUAACCACUGACCAUCGAGGCACCAGUGCAAUACCGCAGGUUCCCAUUAUCAUCAACUAUGAUAUUCCAACAGAAUCUAUGCGAUACGUCCGUCGUCUUCAGCAGCAAAACAGACAGUUCAGGCAGCCAAUAAGUGUGGUCAUUAAUUUGGUAACUCCUGCUGCUCGACGCACCCUCGCUGCCAUCACGAGAUUUUGCAAUAGAUCCGUGGGGGAGCUACCCUCCGACCUGAAAAUCUGA